CAGGAAGCAAAAUUAAAUGGUAAAGCAAGAUAGAUAACCAUCGGAAUGAUUGCAAACAUCACACGGAGCUACAAAAAGCAUGGCAUUCCUGGUGAGCAUCGGUCAACUAUUUGUGUUGCUUACUGUCCUUUUCCAUCACACAACAUCUCUUCCCACUUUCGACAGGAGCCAAAGGCAUGCCGAUGGGCUCUUCACAAGUGAGUUAAGUAAACUGCGAGGGUCCUUGUCUGCUAAGAACUACGUCAAAGCACUGCUGGGAGCCAAGCGAAGCUUGUCCGAAACAUCUGGUUUGAGCACAAGGCAACUGGGAGACAUUGAAUUCACCAACAAAUAUGCUGAUUACCUAAAGUCCAAGGCAAAGUUACACAAAAUCACCUCCCUACUGAAACACAUGCAGAACAUUAAAAGAAGUGAUGAAAAAAGUUUUCAGGAGAACCCUGAGCCUCACAUAUCCCCUGUUACAGAAGAAAUCAACAGGGAUGAAAAUGACCUUUGCCUCCACUGGUUCCAGCAGAAUCUUCUUAAUGACAGCAGUCUUAAUGGCACCGAUUCAGAUGAGGCUAAUCAGCUGAUUGGCCAGUUUAUUUGCCAUGCUGUGAACCAACUAGUUGCAGACCUCUACCAAGAAGACUUCUACCUACCAGACAAUCAAAACAGGGACUGAGGGCAAACCAGUCAUCAGCACAAGAAAGGAGAAUCGAGAUGCAAUACCAGUCAUCUUUUUAUUCAAUAAUUAUUAUUACAUGCCAAUUUUUAUUACAUUAAGAUGUUUAAUGUAAAAUAACCUGUAAUCACACAUUUUGAAAUCCUCUAUGGGUAUUAUUGUAUUGGACUAAACCUACCCCCCACAUAUCUACAUGGAGAAAUCAGCUCACAUUCAAACACCUGCAAUGUCUUUCCUUAAUAAUCCUCCAGGUGUCAGUACUUGAUUGCCGAAAAUAUGAAAGCAACAAUAAAUUUUCAUCACCCUUAUGAGAGUUUA